AUGAACGUCGAGAUCUUUCUACCAGUGACGAGCUCGGAGGUAUUCCCCAUCGAGGUUUUCGAGCAACUUUCCUGCUCGUUCCGCCUCUGCUCCCGCCUCCGUGAACCCUUCCGAGUGUCAUCGUUUUCUAGUUCACUGACCCUCCCGCGACCCUCUGAUUCCACCACGAUGGCUCCCAGGUCGACCUCGACGAUGUCGAGCGCACUUUCGACACUCGUCCUUUUCUUCUUCGCCCUCUCUUCCAUUGUUACCCCGGUAGCAGCGGAUGGCUACGGUGUUCUCGGGGUAGGCAAAUGGUUGUACAAGCCAGUUUGCGCCCAUGCCUGUAGACGAAUCAUCCAGACCAACAAACUCACUUGCGAUUCGAAGCUGCCAGGCGACAACUCAACCUCCCACGUUCACAGGCGCCAUUCUCACACCGUCCUCAACACCAAGGAAUGCUACCUCAAGGACGCUGCGUUCUUACGGACCCUCGCACUCUGCAUCGACAGCGGCUGCUCCCGCGAUGACGUUCCGAUUUCGGUCAUCGAGGAGUACUGGGAGGGCCAUGUUGCGACUGGUAGCGUGGGCGACUGGAGCUUGCGACCCAUCAUGAGUUACCGCGAUGCUCUCGACUACGCACGCCAGGAUGUGGAGGAGGUCGGACGAGAGAACGUUCCGUUCACAAAGGCUGGUGAGCCGUUGAAUGUGACGAGCUUCAUUCGGGAAGAAGAUUGGGUCAUUGGUUACAAUGGUCAGAAGUGGUUCGAGCAUAUCGAACGGGAUCAUGGCCGUAAUUCCGUCGCCAUUGCUAUCAGCACUGUAUGCAUUCCCAUACUCUUGUCGAUGCUCAGGUUCCUCCCAGGUCGACCUCUCUGGUACAGUCGACUGGUGAGCGUGCUCGAGAAACCAUUGCUUGGUCAUCGGCAUCGUACACCAACCGCUGGGAACCUCGGAAUCAUGCCCACGCGCGGGCAGACUCUCUACCUCGUCUACCUUCUUACCACCCAGAUCCUCCUUGCCAUCUUCCCCCUCGCCUUCCGCUACCCCAACUACAUCGCGCCUACCCGCUCACUCCAAAUCAUUCAAAUCGUUGGUGACCGCACAGGUGUCCUCGCCAUGGCCGAUUUCGUGGCCCUCUUCCUCUUCUCCAGCCGCAACAACAUCUUGCUCUGGAUCACCAACUGGAGUCACAGCACCUUCCUCCUCCUCCAUCGAUGGAUCGCCUACUGCCUCAUCUUCCACUCCUGCAUCCAUUCGGUAUUCAUGCUUUACCUUUACUGGCCCGACCAUGCUUCGGAGAGCAAGCUCCCGUAUUGGGUGUGGGGUAUUGUCGCCACGCUCGCGUUUGUGGUGAUGUGGCCGGCUUCUAUCCUCCCCGUUCGACAACGAUUCUACGAGGCUUUCCUCGUCUUCCACCAAGUCUUCGCGGCAAUCGGUCUCAUCGCCACCUUCUACCACAUCUACAAGCUUUUCGGGUACGCUUGGGGAUACGAGAUUUGGGUGUACAUCGGGGGUUGUAUUUGGUUCGUCGAUCGCUUCGCUCGAUUGUUGAGGAUGGUGGCGAACGGGUACCGGACUGCUGUCGUCACCGCCAUCGAUCCCAGCGCUGAGUAUGUCAAGUUGGAGAUUGACGGUGUGGUCGCCGAUGGGCAUGUCUACCUCUACUUCCCGACUCUCAACUGGCGUGUUUGGGAGAACCAUCCGUUCUCCGUUCUCUCGUCGUUCACCAGCGGUGCCUCCGACAAGAGCGCUGGCGGUGAUUCGGAGAAGACAUCGCCUUCCUCGUCUGGUUCGUUGGUAGCGGCGGAUAACACCCUUCGACCUCGUGCUACCAUCUUGUUCCGAGCUAUGGAUGGUUCGACGAAAGAUAUCGCUGACCGUCUCCUCGCCCUCGGCCCAGGCCGAAGUCUGCCACUCCCAGUGAUCAUCGAAUCAUCAUACCACGCCAACCCCGCCAUGCGCGACCUUGCACACUGCACCACCCUCCUUUGUAUCGCUGGUGGGGUGGGUAUCACCGCCAUCGUACCGAUCGUCAAGUCCUUCAGCGGUCCUCGUACACGUUUGGCGUGGGGUAUGCGCACCGAGAGCCUCUUGGUGGCUGUCGAACCCGAGUUGAAGACGCUCAACGAGAGGAGUGUGGAAGUUGAGACUAGCGUCGGUCGGAGGCUUGACCUAGGGAGGAUUUUGCGGGAGGAAAUGCGGCUGGUUGAGAGGCAUUCGCAUUCGGGUGAUCAUGGGAAGGAGGAGGCUGCUGGUAGUAGCAGUACUUCGGGUGUAGAGGCGGUGGGUGAUUUGGGGGUGGUGGUGUGUGGACCGACUGGGAUGGCUGAUGAGGUUAGGAACCUCGUUGCUGAGCUUGCCCCGCAGUCGAGGAGGGGUGUGGUGUUUGUUGAUGAAGCGUUUAGUUGGUAA